ACUUAAACCAAACAAACUUAGACUUAAAACUAAGAUUAAUAGAAUUCAAAGACCAUGUUCAUUUUACAUCCAUAGUUCCACUCUCCCUUUCAACACCAUCUUAUAUACUUUUUGAGAUUCUCAUGUGUGCACAAUUUCCUCAUCACACAAGAUUUUGAGAAGCUUGAUUCAAUUCAAACAUGAACAAGGAUAAUGAAACAUAUCUCAAACUUUUCGGCGGCGGCGGUUCUAAUCAUCAAAAGAGGUGUAUGUUCUCCAAGAAGGCUAAGGUUACAGCAAUUACCACCACCACUGUGGUUGCCUUGUUUUGCUUUGUAGCCACUUUUUGUGAUUUUGCAGCCUGGAAUACUUACAUAAUUGCAGGGAGUUAUCAAAACAAAUACAAAGAACAAGAAUUUCCACUUAGAUGCAUAAAAGGAGAAAACAAUGAGACACAAACAUGUCCAAGAGACUACCCUACAAAACAUAACCCAACAAAUCAAAAUAGCAAUAUUUGUCCUUCAUACUUUAGAUGGAUCCAUGAAGAUCUAAAACCAUGGAAAGAAAAAGGGGUUACAAGAGAAAUGUUAGAAGGAGCAAAAAGAACAGCAAAUUUUAAGGUUGUGAUUGUUGAUGGAAAAUUGUAUGUGGAAAAGUAUAGAAAGUCAAUUCAAACAAGAGAUGUUUUUACAUUGUGGGGUAUAUUGCAAUUAUUGAGGUUGUAUCCUGGAAAAUUGCCUGAUUUGGAACUUAUGUUUGAUUGUGAAGAUAGGCCUGUUAUUCAUUUGGAUAAUUUUCAAGGCCCAAAUGCUUCUCCACCUCCUUUGUUUAGAUAUUGUUCUGAUCAAUGGAGCUUAGAUAUUGUGUUUCCUGAUUGGUCCUUUUGGGGAUGGUAA